AUGUCAGCAGACGAUAAACCAUCAGUCCGAACGACUACCCACGCGUACUCUCAAAAGGAGCUUUGUGCUAUGACUGCUUUUUACGGCGGCAAAAAAUGUAUACUUGAAUGGCGGACAGGCAGCGUGGAUUGGUGCCACAUGCUUGAUGCGGCCCUAGAACCCUCCAACGAACGUCUUCAACAAAUGCUGCAACGUCAACUUCGUACGAAUCGCUAUCCCGCGCAUGCCGCUGAAGUGCGGGAGAACAUUGUUCCACGCCAAGUCUUAGUCAACUACCACCGCGAUAUGGAUGCGCGGCCGCCGCGAGGAACGCUCUUUCUUCAUGAGGACCUAGUGGCUCGCACUCUUGCCUAUGAGAGGGAUUUACAUGACUGGAGGGUGGCAGAGUUAGAUGCUGGGCGGGGUGAUCCUGGCAGACCCCAGUAUGAACAUGUAUUUGGUGAUGGACUAAUUACAGAACAUCGCUGGCACGCGGCAACCAGCUCUGCGGGCUGCAACAGGCUCGGGACUGACGGUAUCUUCAAAUCAUUCUACAUGCGGGACUGUCCUGGCAUCGAUGACCCAUCCAGUCAGAACCCAUUCCCAAUCAUCAAUACCCUCCUUUCCAUACCCUUCUCGCUUAUACAUAACCUUACUCGCUUGUGCGGAAUGGUGCCACCCACUCUCUACCAACAGCAGCUGAUCAUCAUGGGAGUCGAAAUAAUGAAGUUGUGGUGGUGGGAUCCGUCGCCCGAUCAGAUCAAAAAAUCCGAGGGGAUUACAAACCAGCAUGACGACGCUCGAAGCCCCCAACCCCAUCCUAUACAUCAUCCUUCCCGCCAUGGUACCAAGUUCUCCAUGAACGAAAUCAUAGUGCAUUCCGGCAUUCAAACCACACACUCUUCCAACCAGAAUAUGCACACCUUCGAGCUUCCCUCAGGCCAGAUAUUACUGGGAACAACCACUUCCUUCUCCCGGGACGGAGACGAGCUGCUUCUCACAGCUGGGGAUGAAGGGUUAGCGGAGAUGGGGGAUGUGCAUGCUGACAAGGGAAUCGUGACUGGUGCCAUGACUAUGAGCUUACCAGUAAUGUACGAGGCUUCGGAUCUUCAGAGCAUCGAAGGGACGGAGACUUCCGACGACAUUGAUGCUAUGGAGGACGGAGAUGAACAACCUCCAACUCGCCUCUCAUCUCCAGACAUAUUGUCAUGGUGCGAACAGGUUGCCGAAUCCGCGCCGGAACCCCUCCCUCGAAUCCCUUUAAUCCCUGGUUCCUUCAAGAGGGGUGCUAUCGGUGGCAUGAGCACCAAUGACGUCUUGAUGAUCAAAGGACUCAUUGAUCCACUACAGUACAUUGAAUUUUUCGAUCUAAGUUUGUUCUCUUCUCAUUUUGCACAUACUUCGGUCUAGAUCAUCAUAGUUCUCGGACAUUAGAGGAGAGUAAGCUAUUUGUAUUCUCUGUGUCAUUACCAUACCAACUGCAUUUUUAUUGGACUUCC